CAACUUUAUUUAGUACCACGUAAAAGCCAGGUCAAGUCGUCGUGCAAUCUUCAAAGUCUUUCAAAAACAAAAAAAAAAUUAGCAGACCCUUUGUAGAGUUCAGACUAGUGUGAACCAGUGAAGCUUCUCAGUAACAGCACCAUAGUUGAUCUUCAUCUAUAAAUUGGUACCAACCCUUUCUUUGUUCAACUCAUUCAAUCCUUCUAAGUUGUGUCUCUUGUUUGUUUGCUUCUGAUCACUUGAUAUCUUGUUGAGAGGAGAGAGAGAGAGAGAUGUCUAAUGAGGUUGAGGAUAUGAACAAGAGGACCAAAUAUGAUGAGGAGGUGGGUGGUGAGAGCAAGAAGAUCAGAGGGAAGGUUGUGUUGAUGAAGAAGAAAUUGCUGAAUCUGGACAUCGAAAACGUCGUAGCGUGGGCUCGUGAUUUGGUUGAUGAGAAAUUUGGUGGAAAUGAGGUCUCCCUGCAGCUCAUCAGUGCUGUUAGCUGUGACACAGCAAAAGGGCUGCGAGGGAAAGUUGGAAAAUCAGCAAAAUUGAAAGAUUGGUCUAAAAUCACAUCUCCGACUGCAAAUGAUUCAGAAUUCAGUGUCACAUUUGAUUGGGAUGAGGGGAUAGGAGUUCCAGGGGCGUUCAUAAUCAGAAACACUCAUCACACUGAAUUAUACCUCAAGACGCUCACACUUGAAGAUGUUCCUGGUCACGGUCGGAUCCAUUUUGUCUGCAAUUCUUGGGUUUACCCAGUUGACAAAUACAAAAGAGACCGCGUUUUCUUCACUAAUCAGACAUAUCUUCCAAGUGAGACGCCAGAAGCACUACGUCCAUACAGAGAAGAAGAAUUACUGAACUUGAGAGGAGAUGGAACUGGAAAGCUUGAAGAAUGGGACAGGGUCUAUGACUACGCUGUGUACAACGAUUUAGGUGAUCCUGAUAAGGGUUCAGAGUAUGUCCGCCCAAUUCUUGGAGGAUCUACCAAGUACCCUUAUCCGCGCAGGGGAAGAACAGGCCGCCCAAAAGCAAAAGAAGAUCCUGAAUAUGAAAGUAGGCUGCCACUGCUCAAGAGCUUAUACAUUUAUGUUCCUAGAGAUGAACGAUUCAGUCACAUAAAGAUGUCUGACGUCGUCAUUUAUGGACUGAAAUCCAUAGUCCAAUUCCUUCUUCCUGAGAUUAAGGCUCCAUUCGACAAAACUCCCAAUGAGUUCGACCAAAUUGAAGACAUACUAAAACUUUAUGAAGGAGGAAUCAAGCUACCUGAUUGUCAUUUAAUCGACAGUAUUAGAAAAGAAAUUCCCUUUGAGACUCUAAAGGAGCUGCUUCGACCUGAUGGUGACAGGCCAUUCAAAUUCCCAGUGCCUCAAGUAAUCAAAGAGGAUAAGUCUGCGUGGAGGACGGAUGACGAAUUUGCAAGAGAAAUGCUAGCAGGACUAAACCCUGUUGUCAUCUGUCGUCUCCAGGAGUUCCCUCCAAAAAGCAACCUGGAUCCUAAAGUUUAUGGCAAGCAAGACAGUUCAAUGACUGAAGAACAUAUAAAGGACAGCCUAGAUGGGUUAACUAUACAGAAGGCAAUCAAGAAUAACAAGAUGUUCAUAUUAGAUUACCAUGAUACAUUGAUGCCAUACUUGACGAGGAUCAACAACAUGACUUCCACAAAGACGUACGCCACAAGGACAGUCCUCUUCUUGAAAAAUGAUGGAACUUUGAAGCCAUUGGCAAUUGAAUUAAGCCUACCACAUCCAGAGGGAGAUGAAUUUGGAGCCAUUAGCAGAGUAUGUACACCAGCAGAACAUGGUGUCGAGGGUACUAUUUGGCAGUUGGCUAAAGCAUAUGUUGCAGUGAAUGACUCUGGCUUUCAUCAGCUCAUUUGCCACUGGUUGCACACACACGCAGCAAUCGAGCCAUUUAUUAUUGCAACAAACAGGCAGCUGAGUGUGCUUCACCCUAUCAACAAGCUUUUGCAUCCUCAUUUCCGGGACACGAUGACCAUAAAUGCACUUGCUCGACAGACACUCAUUAAUGGUGGUGGACUGCUUGAGAAAACCCUUUUUCCAGGAAAAUUUUGCAUGGAAAUAUCAUCUGUCCUUUAUAAGGACUGGGUUUUUCCUGAGCAAGCUCUCCCUGCUGAUCUCAUCAAGAGAGGAAUGGCAGUUGAGGACUCAAAUUCUCCGCAUGGAGUCCGCCUACUAGUAGAGGACUACCCCUAUGCUGUCGAUGGGCUUGAGGUCUGGUCUGCAAUCAAAUCAUGGGUUCAGGAUUACUGUAACUUCUACUACGAGAGCAAUGAAAUGGUUCAAAAAGACACUGAGCUUCAAUCCUGGUGGAAGGAACUACGGGAGAAGGGUCAUGGUGACAAGAAAGAUGAGCCCUGGUGGCCUAACAUGAAGACUCGUGAGGACUUGAUCAACACAUGCACCAUUAUCAUAUGGGUGGCUUCUGCACUCCAUGCAGCGGUCAAUUUUGGGCAGUACCCUUAUGGGGGCUACCCCCCAAACCGUCCAGCCAUGAGCCGCCGGUUCAUACCAGAACCUGGUACUCCUGAUUAUGAUGAGCUUGACUCCGCUCCUACAAAGGCUUUCUUGAAAACAAUUACUGGCCAGCUGCUGAGCGUUCUUGGCAUUUCCCUCAUUGAGAUUUUGUCCAAACAUUCUUCGGAUGAGGUUUUUCUUGGGCAAAGAGACACUCUCGAAUGGACAACAGACACAGAACCAUUGAAGGCCUUUGAGAAUUUUGGAAAGAGACUGAAAGAAAUUGAGGAAAAAAUUAUAAAGAUGAACAAAGAUGAUAAAUGGAAGAACAGGACUGGGCCAGCGAACAUGCCAUACACUUUGCUCAUUCCUGCCAGUGAAGUUGGACUUACCGGCAAGGGAAUUCCCAACAGUGUCUCAAUCUAGAUGUCCUUAUGCUCUACUAAUAGUUAUUAUACAGUUUUAAUAUGCAAAUAAUGUGGAGAAACAAGCAUAAAGCAUUACAAGAAACUUUCUUCAGCACAUUAGCUAGCAUUAGUGUGUAUCAGGCUGAAAUAAGUUCAUAUACUGAACUUCACGUCUCUUAAGAAGUAAAAUCUUUCUAGCUACAUAGAGCAGAGCUCAGUUUUCUAGUA